GUGAAGUAUUGGCACAGUGUGCGGUGGAGAUGGGUGUAAAAGGUUACAAUUGGAGCAACACCACUGCAUGCGGGAUGGAGGUGGGGUUGCUGUGUAACCGAGACGGCUUAGUCAACACCAUUGAUCUUCACAACCACAAUCUCACUGGAAGCAUCUGCUCCGAUAUAGGCAAGCUCACAACACUCACUACGAUCGAUUUGAGUUUCAACGCUCUGAAAGGGUCCAUUCCUGCCAGCAUUGGCCAGCUGUCGCGCCUACAGAGGCUGUCCCUCAGCUACAAUGGGCUCUCAGGAGUGGUUCCCCCGUCCAUCUCUCGCCUCUCUAGGCUCCAGUUUUUCCAGGUGCACGGAAACUCUGUUCAAGGGAAGAUCCUCUCAGCGCUGGCAUUUCUCACCAGAUUAUCUUUCAUUGACAUAUCGCAAAACAGUUUUGGCGGAACCAUCCCCCCGGAGCUUGGAAACCUGACCAGUUUGCAAAGAGUUGCGCUUGCUCACAAUCUCCUUACCGGCGCCCUCCCAACAACUCUCUCCUCCCUCGGAAGGCUCUCUCACCUCGAUUUCACCAACAACACAUUGAAAGGACCCAUCCCCACUUCCUUUGCCAACCUCACCAACCUGUACAUGCUGUCUUUUCAGCAAAAUCGAUUCACAGGGGAGAUUCCAUAUGAGCUGGGAAAUCUUACCAAGCUCACACUCCUAAGCUUCGACUACAAUGAUCUCUCGGGCACUGUGCCUCCAACGCUUGGCAGCCUCGUCCGUCUAACUAGCCUAGCGGUGCUGUUUGUUCCACUCCACAGCAGCCGGACACUCCUACUGCCUGCAUCCCCAUCCCUCACCCCCUCCCUCCCCCCCCUCCCUUCCUCACUCCCUCCCCCCCUCCCUUCCCCACUCCCUUCCCCCCUUCCCCCCCCCCCACUCCCUCUCCCACUCCCUCCCCCACUCCCUCUCCCACUCCCUCCCCCACUCCCUCCCCCACCCAGUGAGGUGCUGAAGAAGAGUGGGGCCGAAUGCCCCACAGGAGCUGGACAGUCCUGCGUGGUCAAGCAGAGCCUCUCCUCCCAGUUCUGCUACCAGUGCAGCGAAUUCUGCCCCUCCUGCAUCCCCAUCGCUGAGCCCACCCCUCCCUCUCCUCCUCCUCCUCCUCCUCCUCACUCCUCCGGCCUGUCUGUUGGUGCUAUUCUUACUCCCUCGCCUCCUCCCUCGCCUCCUCCUUCCUCACCUCCUCCUCCCUCACCUCCUCCUCCCUCGCCUCCUCCUCCUCCCUCCUCUGCCGUGUCUGUGGGAGCUAUCGCUGGGAUUGCUCGGGGAGGUGUCCUGGCUGCUGCUCUCCUUGUUGUUGGCGUUUUCUUUCUCUGCAAACGAAAGUCCAAAGAAGGUGAAGUGGUAGGCUGUGGUGCGGUGCGGUGUGGUGAGUUGUCGCAGGGAUGA